AUGAACAAGGUGUCGAAAACGAGUGUGGCUUCUUUGGUGGAGCUCAAUAUGCUCACUGUUCUAGGGGGAUUCAAUGCUCACGCCAGCAAUAUUGUUUCUACUGUGUUCUUAGCCACUGGUCAAGGCCCAGCUAAACUCGUCGCCCCCAACAAGGUCUCAGCGUUUAUUCCUGAUCCAGCACGAGUUUAUGGCUGUCGGGUCCUUGAACUGACCAAGAAUGGCAUCAGUGAAGAUGACGCCAUGUCUGUAGCUAAUAUGGAGUAUCUUGCAGAGAGAAAGGAAAAGAAGAAAGCAUACAUACGUCUAAAGGAGCUUGCUGUACUGCAAGACAAGGCUCCUCCUCCUAAACCGUAUCUUAGUCCAAAAAGGAGAUGCAAACUCAAGAGAAGAAACCACUUACGGAUCCUCCUAGCGUUCGCAGGACAAACCUGGAGGAGGAAGUGCUAA